ACGGCUUCUACAAGUGCACAGGGGUCUACAGAAGUAACAUCUACAGCAGCAACGACGGCCUCUGCAACAACAAUGACGAACGCUACAGCAGCGUCAACACCAUUCUCGACGGAUUCGGCCACUACAGCAGUCUCGACAUUGUCUACAUCAGAACCAACAUUGUCUACAUCAGUGGCAUCAACUGUCUCUACAUCAGUGGCAUCUACAGAAUCAUCUACAUUGUCUACAGUAGCAGACACCACCCCUACGAUAGCUUCAACGGCUUCUACAAGUGCACAGGGGUCUACGGAAGUGACAUCUACAGCAGCAACGAUGGCCUCUGUAACAACAAUGACGAACGCUACAGCAGCGUCAACACCAUUCUCGACGGAUUCGGCCAAUACAGCAGUCUCGACAUUGUCUACUUCAGAACCAACAUUGUCUACAUCAGUGGCAUCAACUGUCUCUACAUCAGUGGCAUCUACAGAAUCAUCUACAUUGUCUACAGUAGCAGACACCACCCCUACGAUAGCUUCAACGGCUUCUACAAGUGCACAG